AUGCCCGGCGCUAUAUCUGGCUUGGUCGACUUUGACCCUGAGAAGGACAUUCCUUCUCUUCAAGGCAAAGUCGUCUUUGUUACUGGAGGAACUGCCGGACUCGGAAAAUCAUCCGUCCUUGCUUUUGCAAAACAUAAUCCAAUCCAUGUAUAUUUUACAGGUCGAAAUGCGGAAGCAGGAGCGGCUGUCGUCGAGGAAAUCAAAGGCAUCGAUCCAAAUGUGGGCGCAACCUUUAUUAAAGUCGACAUGAUGUCGUUGGCAGAUCUCAAGGCAGCCUGCUCACAGUUUUCUCACGAUCGUCUUGAUGUACUAUUAUGUAAUGCUGGUAUCAUGAAUCAGCCGCCUGGACUCAGUUCAAAUGGGUAUGAAAAGCAUUUCGCAACCAAUCAUCUCGGUAAUGCCAUGAUCACCAAACAACUUCUACCAAUCUUGUUGAAGACGGCUGAGAAGCUCGAGUCCGAUGUACGAAUAGUCAACCUGACGUCGUUGGGUUGGCAACUUCAUUCGAAGAGGGGCAUCGACUUUGAUGAUCUCCGCAAUGCCAAGCCAGGAUUCCUGAGAUCAUAUUAUCACUAUGGAGAAAGCAAGCUUGCAAACAUUGUGUAUGCGCGCGAGCUCGCACGACGCUACUCUACGAUCAUGGCUGUCUCUGUGCACCCGGGUGUUGUCAAGACCGAUCUGGUUAAUAAUCUAUCAGUAGCUCGCAAGGCUGUCGUAUACGUAAGCCAGUAUCUCAUGGGCGUGUCGCUGAUGGAGGAGUGGCAAGGAUGUCUCAAUCAGCUUUGGGCAGCUGCUGGAGCGAAAAGGGGAGACUUGGUGAACGGUGCUUUCUAUAGGCCCGUCGGGGUCUUGAGCAACGACAUGCUGGAUGAUGUGGCCAAAGACACUGAGCUAGGAGAAAAUUUGUGGUCUUGGACAGAAGAAGUAUUGGCCAAUUAUUAG